GUUGAAAUACUCAAGCUUCCGCCCUCCCACAGCAUACCACGUGGCCGGAGGUCGAUCAUCUGUGACGUCACGUGACCAGUUCUGAAAUCUACAUCUAUCAGAAACGGGUACACUGCACACGACUCCGUCACACACCUGUCAUUCCCCCGAAUUGGUUUUCUAGGCUGUUAUCAUGUCGGGUCUGAGAAAAGCUAAGCAGUAUGAUUGGAAGGAUUCCAAUUUGGCUAUGUUUGGUUCUGAUACGGAAAAACAGGUCAAGAAGGAGUCAGCAGAAUCCGAGCCGGCGUGGAAGGGGUCGGGCAAGGAGGUUGGCCUGCAAAUAUGGAGGAUAGAGAAAUUCAAAGUAGUCCACUUACCAAAGGAAGACUACGGUAAUUUCUACAGCGGGGAUUCCUACAUUGUUCUUAACACAUACAAAGAGCAAGAUUCUAAGGAGCUCAAAUUUGAUGUACACUUCUGGAUUGGAAAAGAAAGUACACAGGACGAGUACGGCACAGCAGCCUAUAAGACAGUGGAGUUAGAUACCUUUCUCAACGACGCACCUGUCCAACACCGAGAGGUGGAACGGCACGAAUCCACAAUGUUUAAAAGUUACUUCGAGAGGAUCACCUACUUGAAAGGUGGAAUCGCAACAGGCUUCCGUCAUGUUAAACCAGAGGAGUACAAGACGCGACUCUUGCAGUUCAAGGGAAACAAAAAGAAGGUUCAAGUUACAGAGAUGUCGGUAGUAGCGUCCAAAUUAAACCCGAACGAUGUCUUCAUACUCGACGCGGGCAGGAUGCUUUACCAAUGGAACGGAAAGGACUGCAACAAAGACGAGAAAUUAAGGGCGGUGCAAUACAUGCAGAAACUAAAGUCCGACAGGCAUGGCAAGGCUUCCAGUGAGUCUGUCGAGCAGGGUGAUGAAGAUGAGGACUUCUGGAAACACUUCACCGACGACGAUGACGACGAUGCGGAUGAGGAAGAUGCAACAGAAGACGGUGUCAAAAAACUUUACCGAGUCACAGAUGAGGGAGGUUCCAUGAAAACGAUUCUCGAGAAGGAAGGUCAGAUCUUCAACAAAGGCAUGUUGGAUGCAAAGGACGUGUUUAUCCUGGAUACUACGAAGGAAGUGUUCCUGUGGGUCGGCAGGAGGGCGUCUACUAACGAGAAGAAGAAUGGCAUGGGAUAUGCUCAUCGUUACCUGCAAUCGACGUGUCACCCUCUGGUCCCUGUCACAGUUAUCAAGGAAGGACAAGCAUCACAGGGAGCAUUUAACAGCCACUUCUCAGCCGCAGCAUAAAAUGUAAUAACAACCUGAAUCGCCCGCAAGAUGAGGACCUGAUGUGUUAGAUACUUCAGAUGAACGUAGCACUGUGGUAUUUACUUCAAGGAUUUCCAUAAUUUUAAAAUGACCUUGACCUAUUGACCUAUAUCUGUACAUGACCUUGGUAUGAUAGACAUGCAGGUCAAGGUCAUUAAUGGAAUCAUAUUCCAUGACUUGGUCUUCGAUUUUGUUUCAUAUCCUGAAACUAUUUCAAGCCCUUGUUAUGGAAGUUAGAGAUCCGUUUCAUAAGGAAUGCAGCUUUUAGUGACAUAUAGACUUAGAACUUCUUUAGUGCAAUACUUUUUUUUAUUUUGCUGUGUUUAAAUCAGUACACUUGUAAUGGUAUUCACUGUUAUCUCAGUUCACACAGAAUAUACACAAGUGUAUAUCACAAGUGGAAAUAAUAUUUAUAGGAUCUUGUUGAAACAAAGGCACAUUCAAUGAAAUAUACCACUUUUUAUCUUUCUAUUUUAAUAGUGACAGUUUAUUUGUUUUUCGUUUUAAUGGAUAUGGAAUUAGCUGAGUCAUUGUAAUAGUAUCACAUAUCACAUCGCAAUGUAUCAUAAUGAGCGAGUUAUAUCACAAAGGAAUUAAAACUGUAGUAAACAAA